UUUUAUUUAAUAUUUAAUAAGUUAAAUUAUAGUGAAAUUAUAGUGAAGGACUUUGAACAUUUCACGGAUCACUGUGCUUUUCUUCAUGAAAGCGUAGAACCGCUGUUUGGCAAAAAUGUUUUCUCCUUGCGCGGAGAUCGUUGGAAAGAAAUGAGAACUAUACUAAGUCCCUCUUUUACCGCCAGCAAAAUGAAAUUUAUGUUUGAACUGAUAUCGAAAUGUUCUCAUGAUUUUGUCAAUUAUUUGGUCGAUCAUCCGGAACUCUGUCAUGCCAUGGAAAUGAAGGCAGUCUUUCGACGAUAUACCGCCGAUGUAAUUGCUACGACAGCCUUUGGCAUAAAUGUGAAUUCUAUGAAAGAUCAAGACAACGAGUUCUACAUGAGAGGAGUGCAGGCUGCCAAAUUUCCUACUGGAGUAUUAGUAACGAUUAAGUUUAUAUUGUUAAGAUCGUGCCCACGGCUAGCCAAAUUACUUGGUCUGUCUUUUUUUCCGUCGGCUACAACAAAGUUUUUUAUGAAGAUCAUAGAAGAAACCGUUAAAGUGCGAGAAGAGCAAGGUAUCGUCAGACCUGAUAUAAUUUAUUUACUACUGCAAGCUCGGAACAAAGAAAAUGCCAGUGCUUACAAAAUGACAUUGCUCGACAUAGUUUCACAAGCUUUUAUCUAUUUCUUCGCCGGUUUUGAAAUCUCGUCGACCUUGAUGUGUUUCGUUGCUCACGAAUUGGCGGUUCAUCAAGAUAUUCAAGAUCGUUUGCGCGAGGAAGUACAGCAAUAUUGUGCCGAAGGAGACGGUGAGAUAACUUACGAGGCGCUGUCAAAGAUGACUUACAUGGACGUGGUAGUUUCCGAGGCUCUCAGAAAACAUCCACCAGCGAUCUUUACGGAUAGACUCUGCACUAAGAAAUACGAACUACCUCCAACUCAACCAGGCUGCAAAAACGUGAUCGUCGAACCUGACACUGUAAUGAUGUUACCCAUUUACGCUUUACAUCAUGACCCGAAGUACUUUCCGAACCCGAAUACAUUUUAUCCUGAACGAUUCAACGAGGAGAAUAAAGACAACAUUGUACCAUACACUUAUCUGCCAUUUGGUGAGGGACCCAGAGUGUGUAUCGGUAAUCGAUUUGCUCUUAUGGAGGCUAAGAUUCUAGUAGCUCAUCUUUUACAAAAGUUUACGUUGAAGACUAUAGAAAAAACCAUCGAACCAAUUGUAUACACUAAAAAAGAGUUUUCGUUACAACCUAUUGGCGGAUUUUGGAUUAGUUUGGAGAAGAGAGGAACAUGAAAAUAUUGUAUAAGGGACAUUAUUUUAUGAUAUAAGAUACUUGUACCCAAUAUGACCAUGUACCCAAUUUGGCUCACCUCCUAUUUUUAAAUAGUUACACGAUGGAUUUCAUAGAUAACGCUAAUACAUCGUUCAAGAAGUCGAUAUGAUAUAUUUAUGUUAGUUAACUGCUCAAUAUGUCCUUUCUAUGGCUUGUAAUCGUAUUUCAUUCAAAUUGUGUUUUUUUUUUUAAUUUAAAAUUUCAGAAUUAAGUUUUUGCUUUGUAUAACUAUUACGUAACAAUUAUUUAAUUUUAUUGUGAUUUUUUGGUAUACAUGCUAUGUAAACGCAAUGCCAAUCAGUUAUAGUUGUAUAACUGAGUUCAUUACAAAAAAUUGCAAUAAUUUUAUAUAUUUACAUCAAUAUAGUAACAGUCAAUAGCGGCAGAACGCCAAAAAAUAAAUAAAUAUACAUUAACUUCUACAGAACCGACCUUUUUUUAGACAACUUUUUUAGUUUUAGUGUUGGUUUUUGUCCUUGCCAGUGAUUUAAACUUCGAAAAAAGACAAUCCAGCGUCUAAUAUUAGACUUCCAAUCCGAAAAAAGUAGUUAUUUUUUUAUGUAUUUGAACUUUAUAUUAUUGUUUAUUGUUAAAGUAAUUGUUUGAUGACAUUAUUUGCAACAAAAAUGUGUUGAAAAAUAUGUAUAAAAACAUAAUUUUAUCGUACUUUGUGAGAUAUGGGGUAGCAAAAUGUUGUUAUACAAAGUAACAUCAAUUUAUUUCGAAAUAAAUGCAUAUUAUAAUGAAA